AUGCCCAUUCAUCCUGGGGUCCGGAAGGAAAAACAUAAGAGUAGACCUGAGCCCAACCCACAGCCUAGACCAAAGCCACCCAGCCCAGCACAGCUUCUAAUAGUCAAACUGCAGUCAACAUGCAGCCCCAGAAGCAUGAAAAUAAAUGCCUGUUUCUGGGGCAACAGAGAUUGGGGUUGUCUGAUUUUUAGCAUGCUCCUUCAGAUGCACAUCAGCUUCAGGUCCUUAGAGAAACCUGCACUCACCCUCAGAGAAGGUCAGGUCCCCGCUGACCUCUCUGAUAUUUCCAUGUGUCUACCCAAUCAGUCACACAUUUGA